AAAAAAAUUUUUAACCGCGAAAUUGCGCGAAAAAGAAGGGCACUGCCCACUUAGCACUUUGUUACUAUGGUAACGAGCACAAAAUGGCUGCUCAGUCCUAUGAAGAAAUGUUCUCUUAUCUCAGAGAGACUUUCUCUCCAGAGAACAGGAAGCCAAUGGUCGAGACUAAUGUUCCUCAGCUAGUACUAUUUGCUGAGCACAUAUUAAAGGAUGAUAAUGUUGAUCUGGCCAUGGAGUGUAUUGAUUUCUAUUUCUCUCUCAAUCCUCCAGCGAACCAGUUCCUCAUAAGAGCUCACGUCUGUCGUGGAAUGUGUCUCUCCAGGAGAGAGGGAAGGGAGCAAGAAAGUCUUCGCUGCUUUAGCAAAGCAGUUGGUUUAGCAAAGAAGUCGCCAUGUUAUCAUUUCAUGGUAUACAAUAUAUCAGUGUGUCUGUGGAAGGUUAUAAGAGGAGGAGGAGCAAUGGGUAUAUCAUCACCUCAGGUCUACACAGCAACACUACAGACUGUAGUGAAGGCACUAGAUGAGUGCAAUAAUGAUGAUUAUAAAUGGAGACUCACCCUUUUGCUUUGUUUGGCUCAUUCCCAGUUACCUCAUCAGUUAGAGGAAGCAGGGAAGACAAGUCUGACUAUACUCAAACUUGUUCGUGUUCAUCUUCCUUCACUUUUAUUCCAAACAUACAAGCAACUCGUAACAUGGGGCUUGAUCUCUGAAGGUAAGGACAAAGACAUCAAGGCUUACCCAGAACUAUCGGUCCUUGUUAGAAUAUGGAAGAUAAAAAGCUCAGCUCAGUCAACUGUACCUGAUUAUGAGUCUCGACUUAGCAAACUAUUACUGACCAUCACCAAGGGGGACAGCCCAGGUAAGAAACCCUCUCCUCCAGUAUCACGUGAGGCUCUGGAUCCAGUACUGCUUGAGCUGGGAGAGACCUGUCUUCAGUAUAACUGUCUCUCAGUCGCUGAGCAGUGUCUUAAAAUGAUACAUGUCACAACUAAGAACAAGGACCUCUGUCUUAGGAAGAAGUUAUUAGAAGCUCAGUUGUCACUUAGUUCGACUAGUUCUGAUCUCUACUGUCCCUCAAAUGUGCAGACAAGAAGUGAGGCCAUUAAAGCAUAUGAGCUGGUAUUGAAUGAACUGAUUAGCAUUGAGCCUGUUAAUGGAUCACUGAUUGAAGAAACUUGUGUUCAGUUGUGGAACUUUUGUCUUCCGUUACUUCAACCCUCACUCCGCUCAUCUCUCCUCAAACCACUCACCAUGCUCAGCACUGCCUUAGAAAAGAUUGAAAGUUUAUUGAGGGGCCUAAGAGUGAUGGUUCACGUUGAAUUGAUAAAGAUCAAUACUGACUCUGAUGACAUCAAGACAUCAAUGAAACACAUUGACUCAGCUAAACUCCUUGAUAUUGAAGGAUACUAUACUGAACAUUUGCAAUGGCUCCAGCAUAGACUAAAGCUAAGAUCAGACAUUCACAGUGUACCUAGUGACCCAUUGGACCAAGCUAUACAGAAACUAGAGCAACUAAAAUCUUGUGAUUUGGUUGGUUAUUCAUCAUGCGAGCCUAUACUAGUGAGUAUUGGUGAUCUAUUGACUGGUGGCUCAUUCUCAACACUGUUAAACACUGCACUUACCACUGACAAGUAUGAAAAGGCCAAGUUUUUUAAGGACAAUGUCAGUAUUGAUACUGAAGACCAUGAAACUGAUAAAACAAGGUGUUGGCUCUGGUCUGAAUUGGCUACUCUCUCAAGAAAGAUAGGCCUCUGGGAUAUCUGCCAUUUCUCUUCACUUUACUGUCUCAAAUAUGAUGACCAAAGAUGGAAGUACACUCCAACACAUCAGGUUCCAGUAAAGAAGAGUAAGGAAUCCCGUAAGAAGCUAACCAUAAGCUCCUCGAUAUCAAGCAGCACUCCUGAGCAUGUUGUACCCUCCAGUGAUAGCCUAUUGUCACUGCCAUACUCUACACCAUCUCCUGUGUCAAAGCAAAAGGAACUCCUACUAAUGAUAGGACAGAUAUACUGCAUACAUGGAGAGGUGUUAGUAAAUACUCUGCAGAAUGAAGGACUGGGAUUAGGUGAAACACCAACUAAUGCAGAGCCAGAGACAACAGAUGAAUGGGAGGCAUACAUUAAUUGGAUCAGUUCAUUGAAGAAUGAUGCUCACAAUAGUUUCUUAAGAGGAGCUGAAAUAGGGAGCAUUGUCCAAGAGAAUUGGUUGACUUAUAACAGUGGAGUCUACCUCUGGAACUAUCAUAAGAAUCACCUUAGUAAAGGAACUAAAUCUGCAGCCAUUGAUCUUGUGAAUGUGUUUAAGAAACUCUUUCAGUUAUUGGAGGGGAACCAGGAUGCUGUUACCCUAGCCUGUCACAUUGGUACCGUCCUAGUCAAUGGGUUGGUUGCAAAAUGGCUGCCACAACCAACUCCAAGAACAGGAAGGACAGGCAGUAGUAUGUCGAAGAGAGGUGGUGGUGGUAGAGGUAGUUCAAGAGGUAAGAAGAAAGACGUGGUCGGUUCUGUUGAUGCUGAUGCCAGUAAUGACCUCAAAGAAGCAAUUGCUGUCUGUGAUUCUUUAUUCCCACUGAUCAAUAAAGAUGUACAUAUCUCUGUCUAUUGUCCUCUUCUAAAGGCCUGGGUACAGGCCAAGUUCAUGUAUCAGUCAGUGAUACCAGCAACUGCCCUAGUUCCCUUUGACAUUGAGAGUACUAAAUCAAACUGUCAGGCUAUUGUGGGUGUAGAGAUGUACCGUUUGAUGUCACAGUAUUCAUUCUAUGAGUUUCCCAAUCCUCCUUCAUUUGAUGAUGUGGAGAAGUACAUUACACAGUCAGCGUGGAGCGAUCCUUCUCUUCCUACUGAACUCUUCACUGAGCUGUCAUUAUCAGCAUCAGUCUAUCAGUAUCCUGAUGUAGUGAGGAGUUGCUGUCAAAAAGCUCUACAGUUGGAUGGCAACAAAUUAUUACUAUCGACUGCUAGUUGUCUGUUGGGCCAGUUUACUAACAAUGAUCCACUAGCUGCACUUGAAUACUACAGGAAGAGCUCAAGGUUUGCCGCUGAGGUCAGUAGCUAUGAAAAGGUCAUUCACGCCAUUCGCUCCUCGUGGAACACCUGUCUCUCCCUUAUCCUUCAAGAGAAGACGAGGGGACCACUAAUGGAGCCUUAUAAGGACAUGCUCGCUGAUGUGAUGAAACUAGCAGGAAGGAGGGUGGAGACUGCAGUCCCAAUGAGUGAAUCAGAUAUUAAACUGGUGUCUGAUGUGUACCUGGUAAUAUUCCAAGUAUAUACUGACAGGAAUGCGUGGGCGGAAGGACUUGAAACGCUAGAAUCAGCUCUUCGGGUCAGCCCCAAGUCUUUUCAUCAGAUUCUAAUGAAAUUUAAGAUAUUAUUUAAGAGUCGAUUGGGUGGAGCUGUUGAUGGUGAGAUGCUCCGAUACCAAGAGGAGUUGGGGGCGGAGUCAGAAGAAGACCUCUCGGGACUAUGGUUUGAGAUUGGACUCAACUCUAAAGGAGAGAAACAGAAAGAAUGUUACGAGAAAGCAAUUGAACUUUUCAAAGAAGAUGGAGAUAUGAUGCUAAAGCUACAGUACAUAAUGGAGCUCUCCCGCUGGCUCUAUCACAAUGGCUACCAAUACAAAGAUAUAUUGUCUCAAUUAUCAAUAGGGAUUGAGCUAUGUCCUACUAAUAGCAUUCAAGGACUUGAUACAUUGCUUCAGUUGUAUGUAAUGUCCAGUCAAUGCGGGUCUGGAGAUCAGUUGGGGUAUUGUCUUAAGGCUACUGCCUGUGUAUUGAAGAUGAUGAAGGAGAUAGCAAGCUAUCAGAAGAUGGAGGAAUGGAGCAACAUAAACUUAUCCGAUGAUAUGAUAUCUCACAUCAGUAAAGGAACCAAAGAUGACAUACCAUCCAUCAAUACCAUCCUUAGACCAUUGCUGACUGUCCAUUACUUGAAUGUGUUGCUGGAGACAUUGCUAUUUCAUUCGCUUCAUCUCCUAACGUUUCCAGUACUUCAACUUCUCAUCCUAAUAUCAAGACACAUCAUCGGCAGUCAAACACUCCACCAGUUGUAUUCAUUGAAGAUGAAUACAAUAUGUCAAGACUUAAGAAUGACUCCUUCUCCUUCGAUUGAUUUUUCUCUUAACUCUAAUGACAUUGUAGAGUGUAGAUGUGACUCAUUGAGUGUUGAGAAGUUUGUUAGUGACUGCAUUAGUGAUAGGGUUUGUGUGUGGGAGGUACUAACAAAGAUGGCGUUUAUCAUGCUAGAACAAGGUUUGUAUCAAAAUGCUAGAGAGCUUUUAAGUGAAGCUAAGGCUGCCUGUGAAUUAACUGGUGAUUCUUCAACACUAGCUCAAGUGUUGCUAGGAGAAGCUAAGCUACUUGUAUUUGAGAGGAACUAUGAUGGAGCCAUUGAGAAACUAAUGGAAGGACAAGCAUUGUCAUCCAUUUACAGUGUGUGGUUGGAACUGAUAGACUCCUUUUGGGAGAUAUUGUUGAGAGAAGGAGAAGAAGAUGAAGAUAGUUUAAGAUUAAUACUCAACAAAGCAAUGUCUGUAGCUGAGAGUGUACUGAGAGAAGAGCCAUUGAAAAUAAUCACUUCUCUACUACAAAUGAGGCUUGAGGCAUUGAAAGAAAAAAGGAACAUGGACAAUAUCCAGUCAAAUGUUAACACACUGAUAGAGUGUGGCUGUGUGGGUACUGCCAUUGAAUGUUUAUUGUUACUGAGUAGAAGAAGAUUUAGAAGAAGAGGGAAAAAGGAAAGAGGUGAUAAUGUAAUGGAGUCAUUAUCAUUAGCAAGACAGACGGUACAGAUACUUCAGGAUUGGCAUAAAGAAGUAGUCUCACUCACUAGUCCUAACACUGGCGUUAUUUUACCAACUCAGCAGAAAAUGAUUGAAGCUCAGAUUAUUUUGGCCGAACUGUUACUCUCGGUUGUCAUGGAGACAGCAGAAAGGAAGAACAAGUAUAAGGUAUCAACGUUGCAAAAGAGCAGCAUAGAGAAGUUGAUUGAUAAUUUUGUACACGUUCCAUCACCAUUGAGUGAGGAGGAGGAGUUAUGGGAGGAGACUAUUAGGUUAGCAACAAGUGAAGGAUUAUCACUGUUAAUAGAUACAUACACUCAAUGUGAUCAAUAUUAUCAAGUGAAGUGUUUGAGUCUUGUUGGAUUAUUUUUGGCUGAAGUGUCAAAUGAAGUCUGUCCUGAUGUACUGGAGUCAUGGCUGACCUCACUACCUCCUAAUGCACUGGGAAAGGAGAAGUCAAACCUCAUGAGUUCAUUGUCACUAGUCAUGAGACAAGAAGAAGCUACUGAUGCUAAUAAGAAAGAAAGUGUAUCAUUGAUCAGACUCUCUUGGGCUGGUGAGUGUCUUAUAUCUACAAUCAUUAAAGGACUCAAGACACAGAAACUGGACAUUGUUCAGCACUCUGCUCUUAAGUUGGUUGAGUUGUAUGGUCUCUUUGAUCCGGGGCUGGCAUCAGCUUAUCUGGCACUAUACCAAAGUUGUUCAGUUUCUCUUUCUUUGUCACAUCUUCUUGAGAAAUGUCUCCCAUAUCCUGAGCAAUGCCAACUGAGCACACUCCUACGCCAGCUUCACGUCCUUCCCAAGCACCUUCCCUCAUACUCUGUCACUUUGAAAACACUGCAACAAAAUUAUGAGUCUUGGAGGAGACUGGCAGUUAGUGAGACUCAUCUGGAGCUGCUCAAAUCAUUUCAUUGUGACACAAGAUUCAUCAUAUUGCACCACUCACCAGACUGUAAAUACUUAUAUUCUUCAUACAUGAUUCCACCACAGCCGCCUCCACCAGCUCCUAAAAGAGGACAAGCACCAGUUGAAUAUGAACCUUUGAUUUCUGCAAUUGGUCGCUCUACUGUUUCAUCUAACGACCUCUCCUCCUUGAAACAGUUACUCAAAGAGUACAAGACUGAUGUUGCUCGCUCACGUCGCUGUAAUAUUAAUCUUGAAGAAUCACUUCAGAUGCAGUUUGAAGGAAUAAUGGCUGCCUUGGAAGCUUACAUUAGUCAAAGUGUAGCUCACCUUAUGCCAGCUAUAGAGAAAGAUAAUAGCAAGGAAUUGACUUUAGUUUUGUUGGUUGACUCUCAUUUGGCUCAUUUUCCGAUCGAGGCACUCAGUUUUUUUAAUAAAAUGAAUAUCAAAGCUCUCUCAAGAGAUUUCUCGUUGCAAAUGCUCCAUAACAGGCUAAAAGGAAUUGUAGCCGAGCAAGAAGCCCCUGAAGACGACAAAAAGAAGCCAAAUGUAGAGAAAUAUCAGCUCCAGCCAUUGUCUUACAUGGGAAACAUUGCUAACUUUAGAUAUAUCAUUGAUCCGCGAAAUGAUUUGGAUCAGUCUGGAGAAACAGCUCAAAAUGUGAAAUCGAUAAUCAGUGAGUAUGUAAAACUGACCGGGAAAUGGACCGGAGUCUAUGGAAUGGAUCAUGCAUUAAGUCAUGGAGAAUGGUCUCCUGUUUUUCUUAAUGCAAGUGGACUUCUUCUCCUUUCCUCUGAAAAGAUCCUCAAUCAUUAUCCACCUUCAUUACUCUCACCUCUUAAUCUUACUGGUAUUGGAUUUGUUGCUAUUGUUGAUCAGUUAAGCUCAACUGCUAGCUUUCAAAUACAAUCAAAACUUGACUCAGAAAAAAGUUCUAGUGUAAAAGAGUUGGAAGAGCCGGAUGUUUUAGUUAAAUUAUUAUCAAUUGCUGGAAGCAACUGCAUAUAUUGUCACCAGUGGAAGGAAGGGGCUCAGAAAGGGAUUGAUAGAUUUAAAACAUUAUUAAAAGAUGUUUUAUCAAAGCCCAUUAUGACUGGACAGAUACAUUUGCAUUGUAAUGCUCUUUCCAAUGAGAAUAUGGCAGAGUCUGCUGGCACAGAAGAGCUAGGAGCCACAAUGGAUAGUACAGGAUACAACUCUUUCAAUGGAGUAGUCUACGGUUUACCAAAUAUCACUUUCAUUGCUGAAAUGAACCCAUAAACAAUGCAGAAUAUCACUUUAAUAAUGUGCAUGAUCAAAAACAUUACAAUGUAAUUAGGAAUUCGGAUGAAUACACGGAGAUUUUAAUGUUAA